AUGUCGCGGCCUGUUGAUAUCGUUGUAGCAGGCUUGGGAAACCCUGAACCUCAAUAUGCUACCACGCGCCAUAAUGAUUAUUUAGCAAACGCGAUGCUCUCCUCUCAAGGAGAGAAUAAUGCCGUUAAACCAGUUUUUUAUAGAAGAUUUGAUUUGACAGCUGAUAUACGAGAUACGAUUUUCUCGUCCAAAAUUGAAAAUGGGUCUUCUAGUGUUACAAAAUCGUUUCGAGUAAUUUUGAUGAAACCUCUGUUGAAUAUGAAUGAAUCAGGAGUGUCAAUUAAAAAAGUACUUCGAUAUUAUGAAAUCACUGACAUGAAAAAAUUGAUUGUAGUUUGUGAUGAUUUGAAUGCUCUUCCUGGAUUAUUAAUGAUUCAAGGUGGUGGUCACUUGGCAGCUUUGCAAGGUCAUAAAGGAAUAGAAAGCAUUGUAAAUGUCCUUGAAACUACAGAAUUUGUUAGAUUCCGUUUAGGGAUUGGAAGACCCCCAAAUGAUUCGACAACAAUUACUCAAUGGGUUUUAGGUUCUUUUACGAAAGAAAAUCGUGAGAUGGAUCUUUUUGGUCACCUCCUUCAUCUAACAACUCAAGCACUUUAUGAUUAUAGUAUCCAUCAGGAUCUGAAGAAAAUUAAAAAGAAAUAUGCUCAAUCGAAGAAACUUCCGAAUAAAUUAAUAGAAAUGGAGAGUUUAAUAUUUCCAAUUAACCUUCACGGGACAUGA